CCGUAGUGGGCAUGCUCAGUGACAUUGAUGUGGAAAAGCUCAAGAAGAGUUUAAACCACUAUCGAGUCCUCUUUGGAGUGGAUGAUGACUCCCUGGAGUCCAUGGCUAAGGAUGCCCAAGUGUCUGUUGAACAACUGAAAAAAACCCUGAAAUCUCCUUAUUUGUUGGAAACUAAGAAAAAUGAAACAUUAGGAGAAAAGCUUUUGAAACAUUUGGAGAUAUUUGCCUCAGCUAAUGGUGGGCUCCUUGCUACAGGUCGUUACUUCGAGAAAAACUCUUACUUGCAACUUCAUUUUCUUGACACAGUGACUGAAGAUGCCAAACUUCUUCUUCAGCUCCCUUUUCUCAACAUAACCAAGGGCCAGUUCUCCUCUGAUACAUCUAGUCCUGAAGACAAUACAGAUUUGGAGCCCUGCUUCGCUGAAUAUUUAAAGAAAAUUAAGAUAGAAAACAAAAUCAUUCCUCAGGAAACCAUCCAGUCAAUUGAGUUAUUCCUGCAAAAAGGAAACAUUCAGGGGGCAACCUCUGUAAUUAGGGAUGCAUUAGAAAAAAUUAACAAUGCCCCAAUAAAUGUUGCUGUGACAGGAGAGUCUGGAGCAGGGAAGUCCAGCUUCAUCAAUGCCCUGAGGGGGGUUGGACCUGAGGAGGAAGGUGCAGCUGAAGAAGGCGUGGUAGAGACAACCAUGAAGAGAACUCCUUACAAACACCCCAAAAUCAAAACUUUGACUUUAUGGGACCUGCCUGGUAUUGGAACCCAGAAAUUUCCACCAAAAGAUUAUCUAGAGAAAGUGAAAUUCCAACAAUAUGACUUCUUCAUUAUUGUUUCUGCCACACGUUUUACAAAACUUGAACUAGACCUGGCCAAAGCAGUCAGAUUUAUAAAAAAGAAUUACUGCUUUGUGAGAACCAAGGUGGACUUUGAUUUAGAAAAUCAAAAGAAAUCCAAACCACGCACCUUUGACAGAGAAAAGACCCUGAAGGAGAUCAGAAGCUACUGUGAGAAUACCUUCACUGACAAUAAAGUGGACGUGCCUCCGAUUUUUUUAAUUUCUAACCACAAUUUAUCUGACUAUGAUUUUCCAGACCUGAUUGAAACCCUGAAUAGAGAUAUUCCUGUUCUAAAGCGUCAUAAUUUUAUUCUUGCCAUGCCUAACAUUACAGAGACGGUCAUUCAAAGAAAAUACAGCUCUUUGCACCAGCUUAUCUGGGUGGAAGCCUUCAAGUUUAGACUUUUGGCGACGUUUCCUGUAGAUAACAUCCUCUUGGACAGUGAUGUAGAGAACCCAAAGAUGACUUUGAACUUCUAUCGAGACCUUUUUGGAGUGGAUGACAAAUCCCUGGAGUUAAUGGCUAAGGAUUUGCAAGUGCCUGUUGAGCAACUGAGAAAAAAACUUAAAUCUCCUUAUGUAUUGGAAACUGAGGAAGAGGAAACAUUAGAAGAAAAGCUUUUGAAAUAUUUAGACAAAUUUUCCUCAGCUAGUGGUGGGGUCCUGGGGACAGGUCUUUACUUUAGGAAAAUCUUCUACUUGCAUUUUCAUUUCCUCGACACAGUGACCGAAGAUGCAAAAGUUCUCCUUAGAGAGGCAUAUUCAAAAAACUAGCUCAAAAUUAACUUGCCCACUGCUGCUGAGAAAAAAAAAAAAAAAAGGACCAAAUUGUUAAUACCAGGAAUUUAUUAGGUAAAUUCCUGCUCUGACAUCUUUUCUUUACACAAAUCAGCUGCCACUAUGGAAAGCUAAGGGUCAUGGGUAUUAAUAGAUCAGAACCUGACAAUACCCAAUCUCUCUUC